AGUGACCUCGCGCUCGAUCAGAUCGUCCCCGAGAGGACUUGUCCCCCUCCCCUCUUUCUUCCCACACCAAAAAAGGACUUGUUGCCCAUCAUGGCUGACAACACCGGCGCUAUCAUUAAGCCCGCCUCUAUCCCCGUCCGGGGUGGAACCGAUCGCCUUGUGGCCCUCGAGUUGCAGGAUGGCACUGUUUACCAGGGUUACAACUUCGGUGCCGAGAAGAGCAUUGCCGGUGAAUUGGUCUUCCAAACCGGUAUGGUCGGUUACCCUGAGUCCAUCACCGAUCCUUCCUACCGUGGUCAGAUCCUGGUUAUCACUUUCCCUCUCGUGGGUAACUACGGUGUCCCCUCGCGGGAGCAGAUCGACGACCUCCUCAAGCUGCCCUCCUACUUCGAGUCCAGCCAGAUCCACGUCGCUGCGUUGGUGGUCGCAACCUAUGCCGGAGAGGACUUCUCCCACUUCCUCGCGGAGUCAUCCCUGGGCAAGUGGUUGAAGGAGGAGGGUGUCCCCGCCAUGCACGGCGUUGACACUCGUGCGCUGACCAAGCGCCUUCGUCAAACCGGUAGCAUGCUGGGCCGCAUGCUGCUCCAGAAGCCCGACGUUGCCCAGGAGGUUGCCUCCGGCACUGACGCUGCUACCUGGAAGUCACACUUCGAGGAGAUUGAGUGGGUGGACUGCAACACUAAGAACCUCGUCGCUGAGGUCUCUAUCCGUGAGCCCAAGCUUUACUCUCCCCCCGCAGAUGUUGCUCUCAAGCACCCCUCGGGACGGAACGUCCGCGUUCUGUGCCUGGAUGUUGGUAUGAAAUACAACCAGCUCCGCUGCCUGUUGACCCGUGGUGUUGAGGUCAUGGUUGUUCCCUGGGACUACGACUUCCCCACCCUGGCAGGCAAGGACUACGAUGGUCUGUUUGUCUCCAACGGACCCGGUGACCCCGCUACUCUCACAACCACUAUCGACAACCUGGCCAAGACAUUCAAGGAUGCCCGCACACCUGUCUUCGGUAUCUGUCUGGGUCACCAGCUGAUUGCCCGCGCCGUCGGUGCUACAACCAGCAAGAUGAAGUUCGGUAACCGUGGUCACAACAUUCCCUGCACCAGCAUGAUCUCUGGCAAGUGCCACAUCACCUCUCAAAACCACGGUUAUGCUGUGGACGCCUCCAGCCUCCAGAAUGGCUGGGAGGAGCUGUUUGUCAACGCCAACGAUGGCAGCAACGAGGGUAUCCGUCACACCACCCGUCCCUUCUUCAGUGUGCAAUUCCACCCCGAGAGCACCCCUGGUCCUCGCGAUACCGAGUACCUGUUUGAUGUCUUCAUCAACACCAUCCAGAAGACCAUUGCCUCUGCGGAUGCGCUCACCAAGCCUGUCGAAUUCCCCGGUGGCACCAAGGCUGAGAAUGUCAAGGCUUCUCCCCGAGUUUACGUCAAGAAGGUUCUGGUCCUGGGAUCCGGUGGUCUCAGCAUUGGCCAGGCCGGAGAGUUCGAUUACUCCGGUAGCCAGGCCAUCAAGGCGCUGAAGGAAGAAGGAAUCUACACGAUCUUGAUCAACCCCAACAUUGCUACUAUUCAGACCUCCAAAGGUCUCGCAGACAAGGUCUACUUCCUUCCCGUCAACGCCGACUUUGUGCGCAAGGUCAUUAAGCACGAGCGCCCCGACGCCAUCUACUGUACCUUUGGUGGCCAGACUGCUCUCUCAGUCGGUAUCCAGCUCAAGGAUGAGUUCGAGGGCCUGGGUGUCCAGGUUCUUGGUACUCCCAUCGAUACCAUCAUCACUACUGAGGACCGUGAGCUGUUUGCUCGCAGCAUGGAUUCGAUCAACGAGAAGUGCGCUAAGUCUGCAUCUGCAUCCACUCUCGAGGAGUCUUUGCGCGUUGUCGAGGACAUUGGUUUCCCCGUCAUUGUUCGUGCCGCUUACGCCCUGGGUGGUCUCGGCUCUGGUUUCGCCGAGGACAUGGACCAACUCAGGGAACUUUGCACCAAGGCUCUCGCUGUCAGUCCUCAAGUCCUUAUCGAGCGCAGUAUGAAGGGCUGGAAGGAAAUCGAGUACGAAGUUGUUCGUGAUUGCCAAGACAACUGUAUCACUGUCUGUAACAUGGAGAACUUCGAUCCUCUCGGCAUCCACACUGGUGACUCCAUUGUCGUGGCUCCCUCCCAAACCCUCUCAGACGAGGACUACAAUAUGCUGCGAACCACUGCUGUUAAUGUCAUUCGUCACCUUGGUGUUGUCGGUGAAUGUAACAUCCAGUAUGCCUUGAACCCGUUCUCCAAGGAAUACUGCAUUAUCGAGGUUAAUGCUCGUCUGUCCCGUUCUUCGGCCCUUGCCUCCAAGGCCACCGGUUACCCGCUUGCUUUCAUCGCUGCUAAGCUGGGUCUCGGUAUCCCCCUCAACGAGAUCAAGAACUCCGUGACCAAGUCCACCUGUGCUUGCUUCGAGCCUUCCCUCGAUUACUGUGUUGUGAAGAUUCCCCGUUGGGAUCUGAAGAAGUUCACUCGUGUCUCGACCCAGCUUGGUUCCUCCAUGAAGUCUGUUGGUGAAGUCAUGAGCAUUGGUCGUACCUUUGAGGAGGCUAUCCAAAAGGCCAUCCGCUCCGUUGACUUCCACAACUACGGUUUCAACGAGACCGAUGCCCUCAUGUCGAUUAAGGCCGAGCUCCAGACCCCCUCUGACCAGCGUCUGUUUGCCAUCGCUAACGCUAUGGCCGCUGGAUACACCGUUGAUGACAUCUGGAAGCUGACCAAUAUUGAUAAGUGGUUCUUGAGCCGUCUCAAGGGUCUGAGCAACUUCGGCAAGUCUCUCACUGCCUUCAACGCCAACAGCGUGCCUAUCUCUAUGAUCCAACAGGCCAAGCAACUUGGUUUCUCUGAUCGUCAGCUUGCCAAGUUCCUGAGCUCCAACGAACUGGCUGUGCGCCGUAAGCGUGUUGAGGCUGGUAUUACACCCAUUGUCAAGCAGAUCGAUACUGUUGCUGCUGAGUUCCCUGCCGUUACCAACUACCUUUACCUGACCUACAACGCCUCCGAGCACGACUUGAAGUUUGAUGACCACGGUAUUAUGGUUCUUGGAUCUGGUGUCUACCGUAUUGGUUCCUCCGUUGAGUUCGACUGGUGCUCCGUCCGUACCAUCCGCACCCUUCGUGAGCAGGGUCACAAGACUAUCAUGGUUAACUACAACCCUGAGACUGUCAGUACCGAUUACGAUGAGGCUGACCGCCUGUACUUCGAGAACAUUAAUCUGGAGACUGUUCUUGAUAUCUACCAGCUUGAGUCCUCUAGCGGUGUUGUCAUCUCUAUGGGUGGUCAGACUCCUAACAACAUUGCUCUGCCGCUGCACCGCCUCAAUGUUAACAUCCUGGGCACCUCCCCUGAGAUGAUUGAUGGCGCUGAGAACCGUUACAAGUUCUCGCGUAUGCUGGACCGUAUCGAGGUUGACCAGCCUGCCUGGAAGGAGCUUACCAGCAUUGACGAGGCCCGGGGAUUCUGUGACAAGGUCGGCUACCCUGUGUUGGUUCGCCCCUCUUAUGUGCUUUCCGGUGCUGCUAUGAACACCGUCUACUCUGAGCACGACCUGGCCAACUACCUCAACCAGGCUGCGGAUGUGUCCCGUGACCACCCUGUCGUCAUCACCAAGUACAUCGAGAACGCCAAGGAGAUUGAGAUGGACGCUGUCGCCAAAAACGGUGUUAUGGUUGGCCACUUCGUCUCUGAGCACGUCGAAAAUGCCGGUGUGCACUCUGGUGACGCCACUCUUAUCCUGCCUCCGCAGGAUCUCAGCGCUGAGACUGUUGCCCGUAUCGUGGAGGCCACUCGCAAGAUCGGUAACGCUCUGAAUGUCACUGGUCCUUACAACAUUCAGUUCAUCGCCAAGGACAAUGACAUCAAGGUCAUUGAGUGCAACGUUCGUGCUUCGCGAUCCUUCCCCUUCGUCUCAAAGGUCAUGGGAGUACCCCCCCCUGUCAGCGUUCCCAAGGACUACGUCGGUGUCAAGGUCCCGCAGUUCUCCUUCUCCCGUCUCUCGGGUGCUGAUCCCGUUCUUGGUGUUGAGAUGGCUUCGACCGGUGAGGUUGCUUCCUUCGGUCGUGACAAGUACGAGGCCUAUCUCAAGGCUCUGCUUUCCACCGGAUUCCGCCUGCCCAAGCGCAACAUCCUCUUCUCCAUCGGUUCCUACAAGGAGAAGCUUGAGAUGCUGCCUGCCAUCAAGAAGCUGCACAAGUUGGACUACAACCUGUUCGCUACCUCCGGUACUGCUGAUUUCCUGAAGGAGAACGGUGUUCCCGUCAAGUACCUCGAGGUUCUGGCCGGCGAGGAGGAUGACUUCAAGUCUGAGUACUCUUUGACCCAGCACUUGUCGAACAACCUCAUCGAUCUGUACAUCAACUUGCCUUCCAACAACCGCUUCCGCCGUCCUGCCAACUACAUGUCCAAGGGUUACCGUACUCGUCGUAUGGCCGUUGACUACCAGACUCCUCUGGUCACCAACGUCAAGAACGCCAAGAUCCUGAUUGAGGCCAUCGCUCGCCACUACCCCCUGGACAUCCAGACCUCUGAUUUCCAGACUAGCCACCGUACCGUGGUCCUGCCUGGUCUGAUCAACAUCGCCGCCUUUGUUCCUGGCCUUGUCACCCCUGGCUCCAAGGACUUUGAGAAUGUCACCAAGGCCUCGAUUGCUGCCGGUUUCUCCAUGGUCCGUGUCAUGCCCGUCGGUGUUGACAGCUCGGUCACCCAGGCCACCGAUCUGAAGAUCGUUCAACAGAACGCCCAGGACAAGUCCUACUGUGACUUUAACGUCUCGGUUGCCGCUACCGCUACCAACUCUGACCAGAUCACGCAGGUGACUGGCGAGGUGGCUACUGUGACCAACCACUUCGGUUCUUGGCCUUCCAAUAAGCCUCUGAUCACUGAUGCUAAGGGAACUGAUCUGGCUUCGAUCUUGCUGCUCGCUAGCCUGCACAGCCGCAACAUCCACGUCAUGAGCGUGACCUCCAAGGAGGAUAUCAGCCUCAUUGCGCUCAGCAAGGAGAAGGGCCUCAAGGUGACCUGCGAUGUGUCUAUCUUCUGCCUCUUCCUUUCCCGCGAGGACUUCCCGGAGUGUGCCUCCCUACCCUCUGCCGAGGACCAGAAGGCUCUCUGGGAUCAUAUGAGCACCAUCGAUGUUUACUCGAUUGGCAGUAUCCCUUACCAGCUAGCUGGCAAGGAGGCUUCUCCCGCUGUCGGCAUUGCCGAGUCCCUUCCCCUGCUCUUCACUGCUGUCGCUGAGGGUCGCCUUACCGUUGAGGACAUCACUGCUCGCCUCUACGAGAACCCCAAGAAGAUCUUCGAGCUGCACGAUCAGCCCGAUACCUCUCUUGAGAUUGAGAUUGACCGCCCUUACCUGUACCAGAGCGCCGAUGCUUGGUCGCCUUUCAGCGGCAAGGUGAUGCGCGGAUCUGUCCAGCGUGUCACUUUCCAGGGCAAGACUUCUUGCCUGGACCGUGCGAUCACCUCCGAUGCCAUCAAGGGUACUGACAUGUCUUCUCACCGCAUCGUCCCUACCUCGCCCGUGCAGAAGCCUACCACUCCCAUGGUUCGCCCCGAGAGCUCCCUUGACCGUCACGUUUCCGUCUCCGGUACUCCUGGCCGUCGUUUCCGUGGCGAGGUCAACGUUCCCUCUAUUGGCGAGCUUGGCCCUCCUCUGUACCCCUCGGCCCCGGUCUCUUCCUCGCUGUAUGAGAUGCUGUCGCGCUCCCCCUUCCGUGGCAAGCACGUGUUGUCCGUGAACCAGUUCACUCGCGCGGACCUCCACCUGCUUUUCACUGUCGCCCAGGAGAUGCGUCUCGGUGUUCAGCGCCAGGGUGUCCUUGAUAUCCUCAAGGGCCGUGUCCUCGCUACCCUGUUCUACGAGCCCUCUACCCGCACCUCGGCCUCCUUCGAUGCCGCCAUGCAGCGCCUAGGUGGACGUGUCAUUCCCAUCUCUACCGAGCACUCCUCGACCCAGAAGGGUGAGACCCUGCAGGAUACCAUCCGUACCCUGGGCUGCUACGGUGAUGCCGUGGUUCUGCGCCACCCCGACCCCAAGAGCACCGAAGUUGCGGCCAAGUUCUCCCCGGUCCCCAUCAUCAACGGCGGCAACGGUUCCGUCGAGCACCCUACCCAGGCUUUCCUGGACCUCUUCACCAUCCGUGAGGAGCUGGGUACUGUCACCGGCCUGACUAUCACCUUCACUGGUGACCUCAAGUACGGCCGCCCCGUGCACUCCUUGAUCAAGCUGCUUCAGUUCUACGAUGUCCGUGUCCAGCUCGUCUCCCCCAAGGAGCUUGCUCUGCCCGAGGAUGUCCGCCAGCAGAUCAAGGCCUCCGGCCAGCUCAUCGGCGAGUACGAAGAGCUCACUCCCGAGAUUGUCGCUCGCUCCGAUGUCCUGUACUCUACCCGUGUGCAGAAGGAGCGCUUCGCCGACCUCUCCCAGUACGAGCGUCUGAAGAACAGCCUUGUCAUCGACAAUGCUCUGCUCAAGCACGCCAAGAGCCACAUGGUUGUCAUGCACCCUCUGCCCCGGAACGCCGAGAUCGCCGAGGAGGUCGAUUUCGACCAGCGGGCCGCUUACUUCCGCCAGAUGAGAUAUGGCUUGUACUGCCGCAUGGCGCUGCUGGCCCUGGUCUUGGCUCACUAA